AGUGGAUCAUGGUCUUAUUAACCAGCUACUUGCUGAUUCAGAGGAGACUCUUAAUUCAUGCACAGAGAAAAUGCAGGGUCCUGCUCAGUAUAGCUGGAGUGCAGACUGGAGCUUUUGGCUCUCAAGUUCCACUUACAAAUAUAGGAGUGAGGAAUUCAAGAGACAGUUUUCUCAUCUGCCAGACUCGGAGAAACUCAUAGUAGAUUACGCCUGUGCACUCCAGAAGGAUAUCCUGCUGCAAGGACGCUUGUAUCUCUCUGAAAACUGGCUCUGUUUCCACAGCAACAUUUUCCGAUGGGAGACCACAAUUUCUAUUGCUUUGAAGGAUAUCACUUUCAUGACAAAGGAGAAGACAGCUCGUCUCAUUCCAAAUGCCAUACAAAUAGCAACAAAAGGAGAGAAGUUUUUCUUCACGUCAUUCAGUGCAAGAGACAGAAGCUACCUCAGUAUCUUCCGUUUGUGGCAGAAUGUGUUGCUGGAUAAGAGGCUGACCAAACAGGAGUUCUGGCAGCUGGUGCACCAGAGCUAUGGCUCUGAGCUGGGCCUGAACAGCGAGGAGAUGGAGAGCUUCCACUCAUCGUCUGAGGACAACGGGCAGUCUCGAUCCAGCAUAUAUGAUGAUUCUGGAGAAAGGGAUGAAAAACUACCCAAAAUGAUUGGUUUAGUUCGUGAGCCCACGCUUCAAACAGAAGGAGAGUCACUCAGCAGACACAUGUUGCCAGGAGUGGAGGAGUCCCCAAGUGAGAAGCAAAUAAAGAGUCCUCUUCCCUCUUCAGAAAGGAAACCUGCUAAGCUAGUUAGGAGCAGGUCUUUAGAAAAGUCAUUGGACCUUAAUGAGAAUGAAAAUCUUCCAGAGAAGAGCAGUGCUUCAGAUAGUGAAGAAGCAGUGAAGGAGACUGUCUCUGACAAUGAUCUCUAUGGGAGACUUUUUAUAAACAGAGUUUUCCGCAUCACUGCAGACAAGAUGUUUGAAAUCCUUUUCACCAAUUCUCACUUCAUGCAGAGGUUUCUUAAUUCCAGGAGUAUAGUAGAUGCUGUAUCAACCCCUUGGAAUAGAGACUCCAAUGGCAAUCAGUUGAGGACUUUGACAUACACUGUAACAAUUAACAAUCCACUCUGUGGGAAGUUCACAACUGCAACUGAAAAGCAGAUCCUGCAUAAGCAGAGCCAGAAAGGUCAGUCUUACCAGGUGGAUGCUGAGGUCCUGACCCAUGAUGUCCCCUACCAUGAUUAUUUCUACACUGUGAACAGAUACUGCAUCAGCCGCACAUCCAGUCACAAGUGCCGGUUACGGGUUUCUGCAGAAGUGAAGUACAAAAAACAGCCUUGGGGCCUUGUCAAGUCUGUAAUCGAGAAGAAUACCUGGGGAGGAAUACAGGAAAACUUCAAACAACUUGAAUCAGAUCUCCUAAUGGAGGAAUAUGCAAUUAAUCAGUCCAUAGAAGACUCUGGAAAAUUACUUGCUCUGAGACGAAGGCGACGCACUUUACACCGGGGUUUGGCAGAAUCACUUCCCAAACGCUCUUCCCAACAUUCCUCUGGUGACAUGGGAGUAGAGUCUCAGGGCAGCUUAAUAGGAAGGAAAAGAGAUGCAGUAAGUAGGACCACCGCCAUCAUUGUAGUAAUGAGUGUCUUUUUGCUGCUCUUGGUCUUGCUGAAUAUAACACUGUUCCUCAAACUGUCAAAGAUAGAGCAUGCAGCUCAGUCUCUUUAUCAUGUCCAGCUUCAGGAGGAAAGCUCUUUGAACAUAUCCCCAGAAAUUGUAUCAAAAGAGGAAAUACCUCAAUAUGAUAAAGAACAGGUUAAACAUGUGAAGGGAGUUUUAAGAGACUCAAUUGAAAUGCUUGAGCAGCUGAAGAUUUCCCUUUCCAUGCUCCAAAGAAGCUUUGACCACUUGAACAGGACACAGAGCAGCAAGACUGAGAGUUAAUAGCUGCAUCAGCUUUUCAUUCAAGACAUUGGAAGAACAGAUGUGUGUGUGAGGACUUGUGGGGUAGAGAUUGUAACUGUCUCCUCUGGACUCUUUACUGUUCAGCUCAAAAACUGCACAGAAUAAAGGUUUGUGGAAGAAGUAAGUGGAGUUCUGCAUUGCCAGAGCUUGGCAGUCUUGUCUCUCCUGCCAGCCUUCUAGCCUGGGGAGUCUCAAUUCCAAACAGAGUAGAGCUCUUGGAUCCAUCCCAUGGUGAGUGAGCGAGGGCAGUUGUUCUGCUGGUGAAUGGAUCUGAACAUUUCAGAGGGGGAAAACCACCCUCAGCACAGAACUGGGCUUAUCUCUUAUGAAAUUGCAGCUUUUUGUGUCAAUGUAGAAAAUGGCCAUCAGUGAAGAGUGUUUUGGAGAAAAAGAACAUAGUGGAUUCACAGCCACGGGAUCUUCAUAGGCUUAUUUUAGCCUUGGGACCUUGUGAAACAAGUCACCAUCUUAAGGAAGACUAUGCCUAAGAUUAAUUAACAGGAAAGUGUUUGAUAUCUCUUGCAUACUUUAAGCUUUGGCAGGCUGCCUUUUGCCAUAUGUUUCCAGCUCUCUCCGAGAAAUUUCAGCCCUCGGUGUUUUCCUUCCAUCAGGGGCUGUGCUUCAGCGCUUCAGCAUGGUGUGCCCACUGAUGAUGAAACACCUUUUCAUGUGCUUCAAGCGUUUUUUAAGCAGGUUGAGGGAAAGAAGGAAAGUCCAAGAAAGCGC